UGGGUAGGUCACCUUUGUGUUUUGUAAAAACUUCAGUUUGGUCGUAUCACCUCCUCCAAAGUUUUUUAAGAGUGUUGCAAAAACCUUUGAAAUCUCCUCCAAAAUAGCUCGAUUUAUCUCAUCCUUAGCCAGACAGGGAAGAAUGGUAGUGCAGCAUCACGUCAAGGGCUACGAGGAGUUUACCAAACUCGUGGAUGAACUGGAGCCUUCCGGGAAGACCAUUCACAUCCUCUUCAGUGGUGGAAAGCAGGAAAAUGGGGAGAGUUGGUGUCCUUAUUGUGUGAAAGCCGAGCCGGUCGUGAUGAGUGCCUUGACAAAAGCCUCAGAUGACAGUCACUUCAUCCACGUGGAUGUGGGCGAGAGAACUUACUGGAAGGAUCUCAAUUGUCCCUUCCGGAAAGAUCCCCGGACGCAUUUGGUAUUUCUGCCCACUCUGCUGCGCUGGAAGUCUCCGCAGCGCCUCGAUGGCGAGAAGUGCUCAAAUGCUGACCUUGUGGAGAUGCUCCUGGGCGAUGAAGAUUGAAAAGACAACUCCUGUGCAGAUUUAAUAAAUAAAUACAUUCUUGACUUAAAA